GACGAGGAGGGGACCAAACCUGGGGGUCAGAGAACAAGCCUCUUUCCUGGAAAGCCAAGCCCUUCAGAAAAGCCAAGGAGAAAGCCAUGGCGAGGGUCCCCGAGUGCCAAGAUGAGACGAUGGACUUCUGCAGCAUGAACGAGAUCGAAUUCUACGCAGGGGACCAUACCGGCUCCAGCAAGGAUCCCUUCCCCGAAGAGCGGAGCCACCCCGCCUGUCACCCUCCUGAGGCCUGCGAGCUGGACAUCCAGGUCAAGAUCAGCAAGAGCGUUUCGGCCAAGGGCUUCCAGAAGGCUGCGGUCCUUGUGGUUGCCAUCGGGAGGAUGAGGAAGAACUCAGCAGCCAGGCUUUUCAGUGAUGAAGACCUGAUGGACAUCUUAAGCACCGUCUUAGAACCCGUCGACUUUAACACCUGUGGCAUUACGCACGCAGCCCACUCCGCCUACCAGUUCUCGGAGGACGUCUGCUGUGGCAUCCAGGACAUUGCCCAGAAGUCCCUCGUCCUGCAAGAGGCACCAACGGAGCUGGUGGCCCUCCACCUCCAGGGGCCCAACAUCAGCCAUGCAGUGAGGCUAAAGAUGUCCGUCUACCGGCCCAAGAGGGAGGCAGGCACUGACAAGACCCCCGUUGCCCUGAACAUCAAGGGGAAGAAGCUCUACUUGUCUUGUGUGCUGAAGGGGGGCCAGCCUGUCCUGCAGCUGGAGGAGGCCUCCCUCCAAGGCAACCUGGACCCCUCUGCGCUGGGCCGCUUCCUCUUCUUCCGCCUCUCCCGCGGGGGACACACGCGCUUCGAGUCGGCCGCCUUCCCCGACUGGUUCAUCUGCACCUCCCAGCGGAGCAACCAGGCUGUGGGCCUCACCAACCGCACCGGCCAGGCCCUCAUCGUGGACUACGACCUGACGGACUAGGCCUCUGGGGGGCUGCCCAUGGCCCCGGCCCCCGACCUUCCUCCUCGGCUGAAGGGGCAGAAGCGCCUGGCGCUGCCAACAGCCAGGGAAGGAGAGGCAGAGGCCUCUGAGACUGAGAGACUGGCCAGGCUCCUCUGGCCAGGCCCUGAUGGAGGAGCCCUGGCAGAACUGUCCUUGUUAUUUAUUGAUGUCUGUUGAUAUUUAAUGCCAGUAUUUAUUGAUAACUUAAUCGCCUGAACGAAAGAAUAAAGGAUGAAUUGACA